UUUUGAAACUAGACCAGCAACCAUAUCAUCAGAGCCACCAGCAACGAGCCACUAUACCAACCAACCAACCAACACUUCCGCCUCAACCAAACAUUAUUUUCACUUUAAAAGCCUCCGCCGACACGCACUUCGGUGUCUGUACCCAAAAGGAAUUAGCACAACGAACAUGCCACCAUUGCGGCUGCCACAAAAUCGAUUAACAUGGAUCUGCAUAUCGUGUUGUGUCUUGUACUUGUUCACACUGGCAUGUGACCCAGUCCAUGCCGAUGACUCCUCCUCGUCGUCGUCAUCCAUUGGACAUGAUUUAGAAGUGGCUGCUUCCAAGCACCACGAACACGAGCACGAAGACGAAGAAUGGGAAGAAGGCGAUGGCCAGGAAUCCCACGAAGAGCAUCAUUCUCACAAAGGCGAAAAGGGUAAGAAGGGCGAAAAGAAGUCCGAACAUUAUGCCAAGGGUGAGAAGGGUCACCACGACAAGGAGGGCAAAAAAGGCGAACACGAACAAGAGGAUGAGUACGAGAAAAAACACGAAAACGAAGGUGGUCACCAUAAGAAGCAUAAAAAAGGCGACAAGGCGGAAAAAGGACACGAAUUCGAAGAACACGGAUCCUUUAAGAAGGGUCACUCCAUUAAGGGCAAACACCAUAUUCACAAACUGAACGAGGACAAAAAGGAAAAGAAAUUCUACGACGAGGGCCACGACGAAGGCUCCGAGGAGAAACACGGUGCCCACAAGGAGGAAAAGAAACACAAAAAGGGCGGAAGCCACAAGAAGGGUCAUCACAAGAAGUCCCACCAUGAAGAUGACUAUGGGAAGAAGGGCCACACCAAGAAGGGUCAUCACCAUCACGGCCACAAAGGACACAAGGCUGAGAAUGAAGAAAAGAAACACUGGGGCCACAAAGAGGAGCACGACAAGAAGGGCGGCGAUGAGUUUCACAAGAAGAGUUCUCAUAAAAAAGGACAUCACGGAUAUUAAUAUGAAUGCGGAAGGUUGGCGGCUUUUAUGGGGGAGUGUGAUGGCCAGGAAGGAAGUCAAUGUGUUGUGUUCGUCCGUCGACCAAACUCUGCCAGAGUGUACAAAUUCUAUAUUUUCCUACUUUGUGUUAUUUUUUUUUUUUCUUUUUUUCUCUUUUCUUCAUUUUUCCUUUUUGAGUGGAUUGGUGGAUGUGUUUUCUUGUGUUUGGCCGGGAUUUACCAAAGUCCGUAAAUAAUAAUCUUGAUUCAGCUGCAGGGGCUUUGUUAGACGUCCCUAGCAGAAUGGAUCGUUUAUC